UUAUAAAGCCAGGAAUAACAAUGCUUUUGUGAGUUUGUUCUGACCUGCAGUGGAGGAGAAGAAAAGGGAUAUUCCAUAUUUAAGGUGGAAAGGAAGUGUGCACACUUAGGACAUGAGGACAGGGACAGCUCUUGCAGUGUUGGUGCUGACACUUUUUUCAUCUGCUACAGCAAAGCCCAAAAGUCGCUUCACACGAUAUCCAUCAUGGAAUACGAAAAUGUAUCCGGUCUGGAAAGAUGAAGAUCCUCAGUACAAAUACUCUUGGAAAGGUGGCAAGGUGAAAUUCAUUGUGGGUAAUGACGCACCAACCCUGACUGGAGCCAAGGUAACCUUUACCAUCGAGCUGCAGUUCCCACACAACCAGAAGAUCAUGCCGGAUGGAGAGGUGGUGUGGGCUGAGAACUGCACUGUCAAUGGAACAAAUUACCAUCAGUCUGAGCCAGUGUAUCCUGCACAAAACAUGGAGUGGAAUGGUGUCUUUCCCGACGGAACACCCUUCAAGAAGGGCGGUGACAAGCCCCCUGCAUAUGUGUUUGUAUGGAAGAUAUGGGGUCAGUACUGGCAGGUGUCUGAUGGCCCAUCCUCCUCCCUCACCAUUGGGACAGACAAUGUCCCUCUGGGUUCCUACAUCGUGGACAUUGUCAUCUACCACUACCGUAGCCAUGAGAAGUUCAUCCCUCUGGGAUACGCCUCAACACAGUUCUCCAUCACUGAUCAAAUCCCCUUCGCAGUCUCGAUGACCCAAGUGAAUGACAUCAACGAGGCAGACCUGAGCUUCGUCCAGAACAGAGCCAUAGCCUUCACCAUCAGCCUCCACGACCCCAGCGAGUACAUGAGUGACGCCGACAUCACCUACAACUGGGACUUUGGUGACAGCAGCGGGGCUCUCAUCUCCAGAGAGCUGACUGUCACCCACACCUAUAUAGUGGCUGGUGGCUUCAAGCCCAAGGUGGUCGUACAGGCCUUUAUCCCUGAUAAAGCAUGUGCCACACCAGCUGGUGUCGACCCCACUGGUAAUGCUGUCACCAUCGGGCCCGCAGACCCGGCCGGCACAACAGUGAGAGCUCCUGCUGCUGAUGCGUCAGCUGCUCCAGUGAUGGUGGCCACACAGGAAGCUACAAUAAAUGUAGGCCCAUCAGCUCCCGCUGAGACUGACACAGAGGACAUGACUGAUGAGGGAGCCUCCACCGCUCAGGACACAAAGAUACCUUCUCCAGUUAACCCUGACACUCCAACUGUCCCUGCUGCCAUGGCAACAGCUUCCUCUGAGGAAGUAGAGCCAGCAGGACAGACCGCUACAGGCCAAGCUCCCGUGGUGAUAGUUGUUAAGCGUGAAGCCGGUGACAAACGCAAGGAUGAUGACUGUGUGAUCUAUCGCUAUGGGUCCUUCUGCACUGGCAUUGACAUUGUUGAGGGCAUUGAGAGUUUGAAGAUAGUGCAAGUGGACAAUGCUGUGAUCAAGACAGAUGAAUCUGAGGUUGAACGAAACGUGGUGGAUCUAACUGUCACCUGCCAAGGGAGCCUUCCCACAGAGGUGUGUAUGGGGGUGUCCAACGCGGACUGUUUUAUGCCCUUCCACACCAUGUGUAACACAGUGGCGCCCUCUUCUGAGUGCAAGCUGGUACUGCGUCACUUUUUCAAUGACUCCGGCAUCUUCUGUAUCAACGUGUCCAUGACCAACGAUGUCAGUCUGGCAAUCACCAGCGCCAAAGUUAGCGUGACUGUGGGUUCCAGUCUGUCCUCAGCGGGCACUGUAGCCAUAGCAAUGGGGGUCCUGAUCGUUGCUCUGGUCUCAGGAACCGUGGCCUACACUUACAAACGGUUCAAAGCCUACCUUCCUCUGAAGGAGGAGUCUGAGGUUGGCUCCGCCUCCCAGAGCGCUGAGAGCAGUCCUGGUUGGAGCUAUGGGCCUCUACUGUUCUGGAACCUUCUGAGUCGACAACGGGGCCUUGUAGAGAACAGCCCACUGCUCGAUGACAGGCUGGUGUGAAUGGACAAAAACCAAAUACACAAUACACAACAGCAUAGAAACAUCUUAUUUUCGCAUAUAGUCAUCCAAAAUGUUUUGCUUUUUCUUUUAUAGUUUUUUAUACAUUUAUUUUUUAACUGAAAGUUCAUGAAUGUGUAUAAUUUGGCUUAUUUCCCUCAAACAAUUUUUUUUCUAAGCGCAUAUGUGCAUCCUCAUAUUUUUAUACUGGAAGUUUUAUCAGUGAAUAAUAUUGGAAACAUUUGACAUUUGUAUGUCUUUUCCCCAUUAAAAUCCUCCCAAAAUUGUA